AUGCCACCCAGAGGCGUACCACUGUCAUUGGCCUUGGUUGGACUAGUGUCUGCUCUCCCAUUGAAGGACAGAGGACUGAUCAACGACGCUGCCGGCCAAACUUAUGACUAUAUUGUCGUCGGCUGUGGUGUUUCUGGCCUUGUGGUCUCAUCGAGAUUAAGCGAGAUUGAAGAUGUGACUGUGCUGUGUCUCGAAGCAGGAGCGCUGGAUAACUACGAAGCUGAAAUUCAGAUCCCUUAUUAUAUUGGGCUUCAGCCGGAUGGUUUCUACGAAUGGGGCAUCUACACUACCCCACAGGACCAAUUGGAUGGAGUGAGCCGUCAUAUCCCCAUGGGUAAAGGUGUCGGUGGAGGUUCCUUGAUCAAUGGAAUGGUCUGGAACCGUGGCAAUCAACAGAACUUUAAUGCUUGGAACGAGAUCGGCAACACCGGUUGGGGUUGGGAAGCUCUCCUACCCUACUUUGAGAAGUCUGAGACAUAUACUCCUAAGGAUUAUGAAGGCGCGGAGGUACAGCCAGUCCUCCAGAAUUCUGCAGUUCAUGGCAGGAACGGGCCUGUUCAAGUUUCAUACCCCAAUUACUACUGGCCACAGACCGACAACUGGUUCCAAGCAUUACAGGAAUUAGGCAUUCCCACCUCGGCCGAACCAAAUGCGGGUCUCUCUGCUGGCGGUUACUUCUUGCCCUUGGAUAUUGAUCCUAACAACCAAACCCGCUCUGAUGCCCGACGUGCUUAUUACGACCCCAAUAUCCAGCGCGGGAACUUCAAUGUCCAGCCAAACUCACAAGUCACCAGGAUUAUUUUUGAACAGGGUGAUUCACUAACAGCCACUGGAGUUGAAUUUGCCGCUGGACCCUCUUCACCACGACAGACAGCCUUCGCCAGCAGGGAGGUUAUUCUCUCGGCGGGUGCUAUCCAUAGCCCUCAGAUUCUCGAACUAUCCGGUAUCGGUCAAAGCUCUGUCUUGGAAGACCUAGGAAUUGACGUUCUUCAGAACCUACCUGGUGUUGGCAAUAACCUGCAGGAUCACGGCAUGAUUCAUCUAGACUAUGCCUACAACAACCCCGACGUCUUAGGCAUUAACGAUUUUGCCACCAACUCUCAAUUCAACGAUGAAUCGGCCGCUGAAUACUACGGCAGUAAGACUGGCCCAUGGACAGCUAAGCCCAGCUGUGCUGUUGCAUUUCCCUCUUUACAACAGACUGCGGCGGACCCGGCUGGUAUGCUCUCUGCUGCGCGCUCUGCUCCAUUCAAUCUACCUGACACAUAUGCGAACGAGCCAACACUUCAGCGUGGGUACGAGCGGCAACUCGACAGCGUACUGAGCGAGCUAGCAUCGGAGGACAUCCCGGCAUUCGAAAACUUGAACAACAACGCUGGAGGGCUCGAUCUCGCAGUGAUGCGACCUCUAUCUCGCGGCACCACACACAUCACAUCGACGGAUCCGUUCACCCCGCCGAACGUCGACCCGCGGUGGCUGGUGCACCAAUUCGACUACGAUGUAAUGAUCCUGGCUAUGCAGGUGAACCAGAAGAUCCUGAACACCGACGCAAUCGCGGAGCUGCAGCCCUCCUAUGCCCAGAUCCCCCGUGACGCCAACACCGACCAGCUGGGCAGCAUUCUACGUGCCGGCAUCGGCACCGAGUACCACUACUCGAGCACUACGGCCAUGCUACCAAUCGAGUUGGGCGGCGUUGUCAGUGACCAACUGAGGGUCUACGGUACCAGCAACGUUAGAGUCGUUGAUACUGGCAUUUACCCCAUGGUCCCCGGUGCGCAUUUGCAGGCGGUCGCGUAUGGUGUCGCGGAGAGGGCGGCCGAUAUGAUUAAGGCGGAUCAGUAG